ACUGGGCCCACCUUCUCCCGCCGUUUGUUGAACCUCUCUGGAAGUCUGAAGUUUCUAACUCUUGACGACACUCUAUAUUUCUUCUUUUUCAUUUACCACUGUUUGCAUUCCACACUGUUAUCUCCGCCAUCUGAGGAAUAAGCCCCAUCUUCAAAAUGGCCAAAAACAGCGAGAUUGUGAUAAAAGAGGAAGACCCUAAGGCACCCAGAUUCGUUUUUCCAUUCUUCCCUAAUUUUAAGUUUGAUUUGCCUUUCUUGAAGCCAAACCCUUCAAAGCCUGUGGAGGCCUCUGGUAAAGCGGUCGAGAGGCGAACUUCGAUGGAUGAAGGUACUGGGAACGAGACUGCAAAGCCUAGCUUUGUGAGGUUUCCGAAAACCCAGUUGGUUGUUCCUCCUCCAAUGGAGACUGAGGCUGAGGAGUCUGCUAAAACUUCCAAUCCUAUCAUAAUCUGGCAGGUAUACGCAUUAGGAGCAAUCCUUGUUUCAAGGUGGGUUUGGGCAAGAUGGAACGAGAGGAAGCCUAAAGGGAGGAACCCCAAUGAUGAUAAUGACCAAAAUAGGCCUCCAUCAGAUGUGAAUAAUGAGGGUCGACCAUUUGAUAAUGAAUAGAGAUUUUUGCAUUUUCUGUAUAGCUUGAAUUAUUAGAUAUGCCAACUCACUUCAAUAUCUUCUCAUUGGCUAUGUGAAUGACUGAUGCUUUAGAAAGUCUCUUGUUAGCUUCGCACAAGUCUUUUGCUUGAUUGAUACAUGAUGAUCUUGACUCUCACAGUACUCUUCCUGCCUGCUCACAUGAACUUUGAUGUUGAGUUUAUGGCUGUUUUAAAACCAACUAAAUUUAUGUUACAUGAAUUGAAUUUGAAUCUGGA